AUUGUUUUUUAUUUUUCCGCUUCCGAAAAGGAGUAAAAAUAUACAAAUGUCAAUCCUGGAAAACUGAGGAUUAAUCUUGCUAGAUACACAGUACACAUUUUGCAUAAUGAAUUCAACUGCCAAUGAAGUUCCUCUCGAGCUGCCCUUCGGACCUCCUCCGAUUCUAUCAGACAUAACAGAUGAGCUGAAGGAAUACAUACAAUGUCCGGAGAGACUGCCAAUCCACCAAGUGGAAAAUGUCCAGCUCUACUGGCCUCGUGAGCCGGACACCCUGGCCCUCUUAGAAUUCGAUCUUUCACCUGUGGGAACAGCUCUGAAAUUCGACAGAGAUCCCAUUACCGGCUGCAUCUGCGGCAUGCGAGAGGAUAUUCUCCAGGGGGCUGGGGAGAACGCCAAAAAUUCCAUGUCCAUGACGCGAGCUCCUGGCCCCCCUAUGGAGGGUGUUCAAGGGAAUUCCAGCAACUUCCCCUUCUGGCCCGGUGGUUUUGACGAGCCAGAAGUACUGAAGACACUCCCUACAGCGAUGGACUUGGACUUCGAGAACAACCUGCGGACCCUGGCGAAGGGAUUCCGACAAGGUGUGGAGUUUGCCGCCGACAACUACACCAUAAAAACUGCAAAUGAAAAAAAUCAAAAAAAGAAAAAAAAACCCAAAGACGUGAAUGCAAAGCCCUUGAACAAAGUGAACCUGAUGGCGAUGGUGCACGACGAGGAGAGCCGGUUGGGUUUCUGGUCAGAGCCCUCCCCCGAAGGAGACCCCGUCAAAGAGGUCAUCGACGACACAGCGAUAGAUCGCCUGGACGCUCUGAAAUUGGACGAUUCGAGCAUUCCCAUCCUAAAACUCAUAGAAAAACCAAAGCGAAUGUCAACCGAGUGGGCAGAGCAACUGGACGUCUCAGUCGCUGUAUCCGAUUUUGAUAGAAAAGUUCCCAAACCAGCGAUAACCUUCGAAUACGAGCUGGAUACAUUCCAGAAGCAGGCGAUAAUAAAAUUGGAGGAAGGCUGCAACGUUUUCGUUGCAGCCCACACCUCAGCAGGAAAGACAACAGUGGCAGAGUACGCGAUAGCCCUGUCCCAGCGUCAUAUGACGAGAGUAAUCUACACGUCGCCAAUAAAAGCCCUGUCCAAUCAAAAAUACCGUGACUUCAAACGAAACAAGCACUUCGAGAGCGUUGGCCUUGUAACUGGGGAUAUGCAGAUCAAUCAGGCAGCCAACUGUUUGAUAAUGACGACUGAGAUCCUCCAGACGAUGUUGUACAACGCCUCAGAGGUCCUCAGGGACCUGGAAUACGUGAUUUUCGAUGAAGUGCACUACAUUAACGACGAGCGUCGAGGGCACGUCUGGGAGGAGAUUGUCAUUCUUCUGCCUCCAAAUGUCAACAUCGUGAUGCUCUCAGCGACAGUUCCCAAUCCCCUGAUUUUCGCCAACUGGGUGGGGAACAUAAAGAAACGAAAAAUGUACGUGAUAAGCACCCUGAAACGCCCAGUACCUCUGAAGCACUAUCUGUAUGGUGGUACCAAUGGCAAAACCAGCAAUAACAUUUUCUUGGUGCUCGAUGGUGAUGGCCAGUUCAAUCUCGACAACUGGUACAAAAUUAAAACCCUCAAGGAGGCCAAAACCAAGAAUAACAAAAAUGCACCGAUGGCGAACAAGAGGCAACACCUGUCGCCUGCGCAGGAGAAGACCAUGUGGGAGGCAUUUAUCGCUUACCUGAGGGAGCAGGACAAGCUCCCAGUGGUGAUAUUCACUCUCUCGAGGAACAGGUGUGAUGCCAAUGCCGAUGCCCUUGUCUCUGUGAAUCUCACCACUGAGACUGAGAAGGGCCACGUCAGAGCCUUCUUCAAGAAGUGUAUCAAAAGGCUUAAUGAGUCUGAUCAGCAAUUACCCCAGGUGAAACGUAUGGCUAGACUUCUCGAGAGGGGAAUUGGCGUUCAUCACAGUGGAAUUCUUCCAAUUCUCAAGGAGAUAAUUGAACUCCUGUUUCAGAAUGGAGUUGUUAAACUUCUUUUUGCCACUGAGACUUUCGCCAUGGGGAUCAAUAUGCCAGCACGUACUGUUGUCUUCGACUCGGUUAGAAAAUUCGAUGGCAGGCAGUUUAGGGCACUAUUGCCCACUGAGUACAUUCAGAUGGCAGGGCGUGCUGGCAGACGUGGUCACGAUAAAGUGGGGACAGUUAUUCUCAUGUGCAAAACUGAGGUACCAGCUGUUGUCGAUCUUAAGGCGAUGAUGUGUGGAGAGCCCCAGAACCUCCAGUCGCAAUUUAAGAUAACUUACUCUAUGGUACUGAAUUUACGCCGAGUCAGUGAGUCAGUCAGCAUCGAGGAUAUGAUGAGGAGAUCCUUCAAGGAGACUUCAUUCACUGCUGGAAAGAAUAAAAGGUUGGAUGAACUCAAGAAGAUCGAGGAGGCGAUUGCCAAGAUGCCUGCGGAGGACCAAAUGCAGAAGCAACUUUCGCAAUUCUACACACUGGGGAUGGAGUACGUGGAGGAGUGUAAAUACCUCGGCCCUCAUUUAUUCGCAACGAAGAAGGUUUUUAAGGCCAUGUGUCCUGGCAGGCUACUGAUUGUGUCGUAUAGGCACCAUUACAGGAAGCUGGGGGUUCUCCUGAACGUUAAUCAGAAACGAGAGAUCACUGAAUACGGGGUUUUGGUUCUGAGCAAUCCGUCAGAGCGUGGGGCGCAGGAGAAGUCGGAUAAUUGGUACAAGAUUAUAGCACUCACAAAGAAAACAAUUUUUGUGCCUGAGGGAGUGCCCUCUCACGAGUUCUUGGUACUUCAAGCUGAAAAUAUUCUCGAAGUGACCAAUUGCUGUGUUAAUGCUGACCCUGCUCUGGUGUUCGCUGAUUGUUUGAAGAGGCAGAUAUCGAGAUUCCAGAAUGAUCCACCAAGCCAGACCUGUCAGCUUGCCAUUAAUGAGUUGAACGUGCUUUCACUGAUGGCCGUUAGCAGACCGGAAGUCCUACAGCCCUACGUCCAGGCCUCUGUUUCCGAUCCUGAGCUGUUGAAGAGAACUCAGUAUCUCACGAGGCUCCACCGACAGAUCCAGGACAUGAAGGUGACAGAGAUAUCGAAUCUCCCGGAGCAUUUCGAGGAAGUAUUUGCCAGGAAAGAGCUCGAGAGAAGACGCAGGGAUCUUCUCUUUCAGUUGAGCGAUGAGAGCAUGGCACUAUACCCUGAGUAUGUGAGUAGAGUUGAGGUUCUCAAGGAGUUGGGGUACAUCGACACCGAUGACAGGAUCACGUUGAAGGGUCGGGUGGCUCUGGACAUGGGAACUCAUGAACUUCUUCUUACUGAGAUCAUCUACAGGAACAUAUUGACCAAUCUUCAGCCAGCGGAAAUUGCAGCACUCAUAUCAGCACUCGUUUUCCAGGGGAAAUCCGAUUCAAGGGAUAAGCGAGCACUUGACAUCAAUCUACCGGUACUCAAGAAGCACUGCGAAAUUAUCGACGAGGUGAGAAGUGAUAUCGAGAAGCGAGAGUGUUGUUAUGGUGUCGAACCUGUUGAUGCUCUGAGUUUUGGACUUGUUGAAGUGGUUUAUGAGUGGGCCAGAGAUGAAUCCUUCGCUAAAAUCAUGGAACUCACUGACGUCCAGGAGGGGAUUAUUGUUAGGUGCAUUCAACAAUUAAAUGAUACUCUGCAGGACAUCAAAACUGCUGCUCACAGGAUCGGGGAGACGGUUCUCAAGGAGAAAAUGGAGGAAGCCUCCACUGCAAUCAAGAGAGAUAUCGUUUUUACUCCGUCCUUGUAUACUCAGUAGUGAAUGCUCGUGAUUUUGUGGUCUUGUAAAUUUUCAUUGAUUUUCAAAGUGAUUAUUUUUCAUGUUACUUGUGAAAACCCAGGCAAGUUGAUUUGCAUAAUAAGAAGGACACAUACGAAAACGGUGGAUAAUGGAAAUUUGAACUUCAAGGGUGUAUGAAUCAAACUUUUUGUAAUAAAAUUGAGUUUGAUGUUCUUGUAUUGUCUGAUAAAAUUUUCGCAUUUUCUUCUUUUCGUGCAAUGUGUCCCUUUAGCGAGAUUCAAUUACGAAAAGUCUCUUAUUUGUAAAAAAAAAUGGGAGUUCUUUCAGUUACAUUCAGUAGCUGAAACGUACUCGACAGAGUGAAGGAAGAGUGAAGGAAGUUAUUGCAUUAACUAUCGUAUUGAGCCAAUGAAUUUCAAUUGAAAACCGCUUGUUUUUCAUCUAACUUGUAAAAAUCAAGGCGAAUUUAUUUGUACAAUAGAAAUAAGAAAUACGAAAACAGUGGUGAAUUGAAAAUAUAUCUUCGACGGUGAAUGAGUCAAAAUAUCUAUACGAGAUUGAUGGAUUACAUUCUCGUAUUUUCUAAUGAAAUUUCAUUUCUUGAAGUCUUCUCUGGUUACUUUUCCCUCUAAUGAGGCUUAACAACGAAAAGCAUUUCUUUUUUUUUUUUU